CGCCCAGCUGUCGAUUCCAGGGACACCAAGUCUAGGAAAAGUCAAUUCAGCAAUAGUUACUGCCUUCCCCAAAUUACGAGGACUCGAGCUAAGCAUCAUCCCCUCGGCCCUAGUGCGCAACCAAAUCCGUAGAUACUCAAAAAUCCCACGAAAUUCCGCCGGAAUACCGGUACCGGUCUUAGGAUUAUUCAUGGCGACUCGGCGUUUCUUCACACUCUUCGCACCACUAGGGUGGUUCAGAUCCGUCGAGUUCAGUGCUGCCCACCACCGUGACCCGCCCACCCACGCCCACUCCGGAGCCCACAAUUUCCUACAUCUACGACAAGCCCGCCACCGCCUUCUGGCCAGCGCGGACCUCCGGCAUCUGGCGGCCGCUCUCACAGAACACCGAUGCAGUCCCUCCGCUCGCAGCAUCAACGGAGAUCGACGUAAUCACCUGGAACAUCGAUUUCAUGGCGGAUCACUCCGCGGAGCGCACGAAAGCGGCACUCUCGCACCUCUCCACCGUCCUUCCCGCACUGCUAAGCCACACCAUCCUGCUCCUACAAGAAGUCACAGCGCAGGCCCUCGCCGCGGUGCUCAGCGACGGCUGGGUUCGCGAGAACUUUGUCGGGUGCUUGUGGCGGGGGACAUGAAUGCCAUCAGGCCGGAUGAUGAGAUGCUCCCGGCGGUGGUGGGGCUGAGGGAUGUGUGGGAUCUAGAAGUGGACUGGGAUGCGGAAGAGGGCCAUACUUGGGGCUAUCAGCCGCCUGGAAGGUUUCCACCGACCAGGCUGGAUAAGGUCUUGUUUCUUGGGGAGCUGAGGUUUGCGGAUCAUAAGAUCGAGGGCGGUAAUGUGAGGAAGCUAAGGAGGAUUGGGGUAGGAUUAGAGUAUACUCCACCGAUGGGAGAGCAGAGCGUGAGGAAGGGUGGCAGGAACUGGGUUAGUGAUCAUUAUGGGCUCUGGGCAAAGGUUGGGAUCGAGGAAUGUGUGCCUGUGGCUUGCGGGGUAAGCAGGGAAGACAAUGUGGAUUGAUACCGACUAGAGUAUACACUCUUCGUUCUUCGUUUCUCUCUGCCUCUACCUGAUGCACACGGGGAUUUCCGGGAGAGUCUCGAGGC